GCUGAUCCUCAUCAAAAAGAAGCACCUCUGGAUAAUGGUCUUGUUCGAGGUCAUGCAUACAGUAUCACUGCUUUGCAUACCGUAUCCGGUCCCAAUGGAGAAACUCCUUUGGUUCGCGUACGAAAUCCAUGGGGAAAUAGCAAGGAAUGGAAUGGACCGUGGAGUGAUGGAUCAUCAGAGUGGAACUAUGUGGACAGCCAGAAAAGAGCCGAAUUGGGUGUGGAAUUCGCUAAAGACGGCGAAUUCUGGUAA